AUAACCGCUCCCGGACGACCGCCACCAUCAGUCCGCCAGUUAGUCAGUAACAGUUCACACACAUACAGUUACACAUACAGCCGGUGCCAGAAACAUGAGGUGCGUUCUGCUUUGUGUGUUCGCCCUGUGCGCAGUCGCCAUCGCCUACCCCAGGAGUACCCGGGAAGAUGCGAAGGAAGAUGAGAGCUUGGACGACGCCGAGGUUGUCGUUGUACCCCUGAACCGAGAACGACGACCGUCCUUCAGCUUCGGCUUGGCCGACGACCUGGUACCACCCCCGUUUGAGCAGCACCCCUUCUUCCGCGUCCGUCCGUGGGACGCCCCCGCUGGCCCUGCAGGUGACGAGGUCAACGACUUCAUGACUCAGAUGCAAGACAUGCUGAAGGAGAUGCGCAAGCAGCUGACAGACCUUAUCCAGCACCACCAGCAACAUCAUCCUGAUGGCACAGAGGUUGGCACCAGGAUUGGAGAAGACGAUCUGCCACAGAACAAGUCAACAUCCACAACCAAGGUGAUUGAUGGCCAUGUUGUGACUGUGAACGAGACAACAUUCUCCAGUGGUGAUGACAACAUUGGAGCAGUGUUCCGCAUUAAGGUCGUCGAAGUCAAGCCCUCUGAGAGUCCUGACGUUGAUACUGAGCUCCUCCCUGAAGGCUCUCCGGAGAUUGAGGAUAAGUCUGGGGAACCCAAAGCCCCCGAACCCACAACCAGCAAGUCCGAACUCGAAGAAGACAAACACGAAGAAACAAACGAAAUCCCUAACCAGAAGGUCCUUUAUGAAUGGAGUGACGACAUCGACCCCUCCUUCAAUGAAAUCGAAGGCCUUAACUACGUCUCUGAAGGUGGUGAAGAGUUCUCCGUGGACAGUUUCACCCCAAAUAAAAAGGAGAACUAUUACGACCUGAGCAGUGAUAUUGACGUCAACGACUACGUGUCAGAGCACGCAGACAGGCAGGGGCUGGUCAUGAUAGAUCCAGAUGCAGAAUUCGUAGAGACCGACCCAAACUCGUACUACCACUACGAUAGAGUGCCACAGAGGCUUCAGCGAUUCACUAAUUGAGUGAAAGUUAAGGCUGUAGUCGAAUGAGCUCAUAACUUUGCCAUGACUUGACUAAACUCUUUUGCACUACCUAAACACAGUAUGUUAAUUUGUAAAUAUUUAGAAUAAAACAAUUUUACUCUAAAUAUCUGAUAUGCUAUGGUAUGAAUAAAUUACAAUGUUUAGGAAUGUGCAACUGAGUUUAGUUUUAAUAUUUAAUUCAGUGUUUAAGUGUUAAAACAAAAAAAUCAUUUGAUGCAAAUGACAAAAUUUAGUAUUUAAUGGAAAAUUAGAUUGUUUUGUGAUUAAUAAGCCUAUUUUUCAUCACACUGUCCUAAAAUAACUGGUUUGAAAACCAAAAUUAUUAUGUUUCCAUAUCACUAGUACCAACACUUGAUGUAUUUGGUACAUAAUUAAUUUUUACAAGUUUGGUGAAACUUUCACACACAAGAAUUUUAUGAUGGACUGGGAAAACCUUUAGUACAAAAUAAGAACAAUACUUUUUAUUGUUAUACAGCAAAGGCAAAACUUAAUACAUUCAAAUGAUAAAAUUAGUUUUGCAUUUGAGGUUAGUCGUGAACACUUUAGACUUGGUUUUAAUUAUUUUCUGGUAUAACUACUAUCCAAGCAAACCAUAUAAAGAAGAAUGCUGCAAGUAUUUUGUAUUUUAUGCCUAAAUUAGUAUCUUACUAUAAGAUUUCUUUCUUACUUCACCCAGCAACCUCACCAUUACUUUCUUGGCUUGUAGAAUAUAUGUUACAGUAUUUAAUUUGAUCCUUUAAGCAAAUCAGUUAAUUAUAGCUUUUCUUAGAGGCUUUGCACUUACAAAUUUCCUUUAUUAUCUAGCUCAUCUUGGGAGAUUUCUUGAGGCAUAUAAACUCUUGUGUCUUAAUCUAUUUAUUAAACAUCACUUUUAAAUGCAAUAUCAUGAAGAGUUUGGUUACAUAGAGGUUUUUGCAGAAUGACAAAAAAUAUUUAUACCUCUCCUCAACAGUGCUUUUUCAGUAUUAGAUGGAAAUCGAAACUUGUGUGUCAUCCUCACAUAUUGGUCUUAUUUUAACUGCUUAAACCGUUUUUGCUUAUAGUGAUGAAAUAAUAAUUAUAACUCCAACACCUUCUUUGCUAAAAUAAACCUUAUCUUAUCUUAUUUACAGGUAACUGAGUGAAUGUUAAAAUCUCCUAUAGUUUUAGUUUUAUAAAUGGUUGUUUUAUGAUUUCUUGCCAUUGUUUCUUUUCUUGUUAUAUUACUUUUAAGCUAAGACUGUCAAGAUCUGAAUAUAGGUGAAUAGCAUUUUAGUUGGAAAAAGGGAUAGGGAAUUGUUAAUGUGCUAAUCAGUAUGGUGAUCAGUAUUAAUGAUAGUGUUAAGAUUGUAAAUGUUAUUCUAUUUAUUCUAUUAUAAGUAUUAUAAAUUGUUUUCAGUGUUGAGAUACAAUGUAGUAUGCAAUAGACCAAAGUGAUUAUGGACUUUUUAAAGUAUAGUCUUAACUUGAUGUUUUAUAUCAGAAAAAAUAAGUUACUGUUACUUAUCCACUAGAAUAUUCAAUUCAUUUUUAAUAAAUAUAAUGUUUUUCGUA